AUGGGUGACUCGAAGACGACUAGGAGGCGAAGAUCGAGUAGCAUUCUUCAGAUAUAUCAGGAGCCGCAGGAACCGAUAGAGCAACUGAGUGACCAGUCCGCUCUGCCGAACCUCAAUGCGAACUGGGUAAACGCUAAAGGAGCGUGGACCAUCCACAUUGUUCUGAUCGCCGCGUUAAAGAUAUUGUGGGAUGUGAUCCCCGGCGUCUCGCAGGAAACUUCUUGGACUUUGACCAAUAUUUCCUACAUGUUCGGCUCGUAUAUCAUGUUCCACUACGUCCGAGGCGUACCAUUCGACUUCAAUAGCGGGGCUUACGACAACUUGAAUAUGUGGGAACAAAUCGACGACGGCGCACAAUACACACCCUCCAAGAAAUUCCUACUCAGCGUUCCUAUUGUGCUCUUCCUCUUGAGUACGCACUACACUCAUUACGACCUCACAUAUUUCACAAUCAACUUUCUGGCUGUGCUAGCGGUAGUCAUACCGAAAUUACCCUUCGUGCGUUCCCAAAAAUAA